AUGGCUGAUACUGCUGAGCAUCCCGAUCGCAAACCCCGCAAGUCCGUAGCAUUCUCAGAAGGUGCCACAAUCGUCGACAGCAAUGGCGAUGUCACAGAGUCAAAAGAAGUGAAUGGUGGUAAGUCCUCUGCGGAGAGUCAUGCGUCUGGUGAGGUCUUCUUCCAACACGAAAAGGGUCAUGUACUGACGGGAAGGGUAAUAGGCGACGACAAAGAGGUCGAGGAAGUCACCGACAUGUUCGCUGAUCUGGCUAAGAAGAAGAAGAAGAAGAGCAAGAAGACCGAGGAGGAUGGCGAUGCUGGCGAGGGUGACUUCGCUGCGCUCAAGAAAAAGAAGAAGUCCAGCAAGAAGAAGGUUGAGGAUGACUUCGAAGCCAAGCUUGCCGCUGCAGGAGGGGAUAAAGCCGAGGGUGAAGAGGACGCUGCAGCUGCCCAGCCAGAGGUGCAAGAGGGCGACAUGAUGAAGGGCACGGGCAUCUGGCAACACGACUCGACGACGCCGAUUUCUUACAACCUCCUUCUAAGCCGCUUCUUCACGCUGCUCCACUCGACACAUCCUGACCUUGCCAGCUCGGGCACAAAGAGCUACAAGAUUCCACCCCCGCAGUGCAUGCGUGAAGGAAACAAGAAGACCAUCUUUGCCAACCUCGCUGAGAUUUGCAAGAGGAUGAAGCGUACUGAGGAGCACGUCACCCAGUUCUUGUUUGCCGAGUUGGGUACGAGCGGUUCCGUUGCAGAAGGAAGGCGUCUGGUCAUCAAGGGUCGUUUCCAGCAGAAGCAAUUGGAGAAUGUCUUGAGGCGGUACAUUGUCGAAUACGUCACGUGCAAGACGUGCCGUUCGCCGGACACAGACCUCUCCAAGGGUGAGAACCGUCUCAAUUUCGUCACCUGCAACAGCUGCGGGUCUCGACGAUCCGUCCAGGCCAUCAAGACUGGUUUCUCGGCGCAAAUCGGAAAGCGAAGGAGAAUGGUGGGCUAG